GGACAUUAUUAUCUGUUAAUAAUGCAAAAAGCGCACACGCACACACACACACACCCCGAAACUUUGACGCGUGUGAGGGAAUAUCUUACUUUUCCCAAUUACUGUGAGAUUUGUAACUGAUAAUAUGGGUAGACUUCAAGGAAAGACCGUUUUUAUUACAGGUGCUUCUGCAGGUAUCGGCGAAGCCAGUGCACGUCAGUUUGCUGAGGAAGGUUGCAACUUGAUCAUCACUGCGCGUCGUCUCGAGAAAUUGGAAGGUUUAAAGAAAAAACUUCAAGAAGGUCAUCCCAACAUUUACAUUCACGCUGUUCAACUCGAUGUUCAAAAAGUGGACCAAAUUAACAAGGUUGUUGCUGAACUACCCGACGCUGUCAAGGACGUAGACGUCCUUUUGAAUAAUGCUGGCAUGGUGAUCGGUGUUGAUCAUUUAGUAGACGUCGAAGAAGCGGUGGUUGACCAAAUGCUCAGUACCAACAUCAAAGGUCUUGUUUUCUUGACCAAAGCACUUGUUCCUCGUAUGAAAGAACGUGGUACUGGUCAUAUCAUCAAUAUUGGUUCUGUCGCCGGCAAACAAGCUUAUGCUGGAGGCAGUAUUUAUUGCGCUACAAAAUUUGCCGUCGAUGCCAUCACCAAGGCUUUGGCUAUUGAACUUGUCGAUACACCUAUUCGUGUCAGUCAAAUUUGUCCCGGCUUGGUCAACACUGAAUUCUCCACGGUUCGUUUCCGUGGUGAUAAGGAAAAGGCCGAUAACGUCUAUAAAGGUAUUCAACCUCUUGUCGCCGACGAUAUUGCUGAAUUAAUUGUCUUUACUGCUGGUCGUCCUGCCCACGUCAAUAUUGCUGAUAUGUUAGUUUUCCCUGUUAACCAGGCUGACUCAAAGACAGUUUACCGUCGUUCUGAAUAGAUUGUUCUAGUGCUUGUCAAACAUUUUGAUCGAUAAGGAAAGCAACAAAUCAAAAUUUUAAAAUAAAACGGACAGAAAGGGAGUUGCUUCAAUACAUUUGGAUCGUAUCCAUCGCGUUGGCUACGAUUUAUCUUAUUCUUCAAGUCUCAGCUCAACUUAAUUGAGGAAAAUACAGUCUUUUGAAAAACAUCAUUUGAAAUAUUGAUAGCAUGUCGGCAUAGUCGGUUGCAUGGCUAUUGCUCUUUACG